AUGAGCAUUGGGAUGAUGGGGCCCCGCAACCUCAGCCCCGCCAUCGCCGCUGGGGCGUCUAAUAGUGCUGCCAGCCAUAUCCAAGUCGACACCACUAUCGUGUUGGCGGAGGAUGAUCCCAGCAGGCACUGGCAGCCAGAUGCCGCUGCCAUCACUAGAUGGGUGGAUGGCAAGACCCGCGGGGCACCGACUAGCAGCAGUAGCCGCCACACGCCGUCUGCAGACGCCCACGGCCAACCACAAGCGGGCCUAGCCGACUUGGCCGAGCGAUUAAGCGCGGACGACGCACAAAGGCCUCGCUCCAAGGCAGAAAACGGCGAAAGAAACAGCUCGGCGAGAACCAAAUUCACCGGAAAAUCUGUACAUUGGCAGCAGCAGCAGUUUCAGACAAAAGCAAACAGCGGCCUCGCUGCACAGGGACCCGAGGACGUGACCAACUUUGAUCCGCCUCGCACUAGCUGCGGCGACGAAGAAACCACGAUGACGGGCACUCCCACAAGACACAACAAGAGUGCAAAGGCUGCGACUAGUACCUUACCCACAAAGCAGGAAGAAGGCACAGAGGUCUUCCUUCUGCACACGGGAAGACAAGACCGGAGUGUGCCUCGCACUUGGCCGGCUCGAGUGGCCUCGCUCAGUACCUCCACGGGACAACCAUAUCGCUCGCUCAAGAUGAGCGCAAACAACUGAAAAGAUGAAACACGAUGGCCACUGCCUUGCCUGCUUCGUGUUUGCCUGCUUCGUGUUUGCCUGCUUCGUGUUUGCCUGCUUCGUGUUUGCCUACUUGUCUGCUUUUCUCGCCCCGGCUCAGACAGCAGAGACGAAGAAAAGAAAAACCCAGCCACAUAUCAUCUUCUCAGUCGCCACGCCCUGUGCUGAUUCCAAGAUCCCACAAGCUCGGGUCGGGAAGGAACCGUCUCUCAGCCGCCGGGCAGCGAGACUACAAUCGACGCAGUUAGGCCACGGUUAAGCGCGCUCCUGUCCGCUCUGCAGAGUGCAGACAAUCUAUAGGCAGGGAAUAGAGAUAGAGAUACGGAAAGAGAAAGAGAGAAGCAUCUCGAAGCCACAGGUUUGCCAACCCGCUGCUCCGCCUUCCUGCCUCUAUGACUCGUCAAAAUAUCAGUCUCCUGCGAAAAAAUGGCAAAGAACCUUAAUCGACAUGCCAGCUCACCCGAGCAUGCAAGCA